AUGGAUUCGUUAGAAACAUCUACUCCCGUCGGCAGAAUCGAUAGCAGAGCGCCCCCUCGGCCGGCGAGGAGUGUGGACGACAUGCGCGGCUAUGGGACAAUGAGGGCAUCGCGUGACCACCAGCACGAAACGAUGAAGCCCUCGCUCUCCUCCUCACCAGCGCCGACCCAGCUGACCACGCUCCGCAACUUUGGCGGCGGCACUUCUUCUUCGCCCGCGGCUGACUCCUCUCCGCUGUCCUCCUCGCUCUCCUCUUCGGGCACCAAUCGCCCAACGCCUCCGCCCAAGCCCCGCGUCAUUACUUCUACAAUGACCUCCGCUUACUUCGCCCAGCAGCACUACAUCACCGGCGCCUUCGCCGAUUCGGCUAGCGCCGCUGAGCUCGUCCAGUUCGGCAUUCUCUUCGCUGCCACCAAAUCUUCCGCUGCCAGCCGGCGCCCAAUCCACCACAACGACCGGUAA